GGACGGCCGAUCGAGCUACACUUGGAUCAGAAAAUGUCAGUCCGUCCUCAACAGCGAUUCGUAAUCCGUCACGGAAAAGCAAUCAUCGGAGAAGGUGUCAUUACUCAUUUACUUCCAUCACAGACAGAGGAAGAGAAGAUGAAGGUGAUGGAGGCAAAAAUGAAAAAACUCAAACUUGACGAGAAACGCGCUCCAGCUGAACAAAAAGAAGAACCUAGUUGCUCGCACUCGAGCAAUGAAGAAGAACGCACAACUGCGGGAAAUUCCGAGGAUACCGAAAAACAUUGAACUUUCUUUAUUAAUUGUAUUGCAGUUUUAGUUGCGUCUUGGUAGAAAUAUGCUUGCAAGUUCAUAGUCAUUUUCACUAGUUUU